AUGGCUUUCGGAAAGCUCUACGGUCUUCCCACCAACGGUCGUACCCUCGCCGUCCUCGUCGCUGCCAAGUGCAACGACGUUGAGCUUGAGCUGGUCGAGACUGAGGCCAACUCUGCUGCGGCCUUCAACCAGUCUGCCGAGUACAAGAAGCUCCAGCCUCUCGGCAAGGUCCCUGCCUUCGAGGGUGCCAAUGGCUUCGCUCUCUCUGAGGCCAUCGCCAUCGCUGUCUACGUGACCUCCCAGAACGAGAAGACCACUCUCCUGGGCAAGACCAAGCAGGACUAUGCUGCUAUCCUCCGCUGGCUCUCGUAUGCCAACUCUGAGCUCUCCCAUAAGGUCGGCGGCUGGUUCCGCCCCCUGCUUGGCCUCGACCCCUACAACAAGAAGAACGUCGAGGAUGCCUCCAAGGCCGCUCUGAAGGCUAUUGCCGUUCUUGAGCAGCACCUCACUGCCAACACCUAUCUCGUUGGCGAGCGCAUCACCCUGGCUGAUUACUUCACCGCCUCUUUCCUCACCCGUGCCUUCGCCACCGUCCUGGACAAGGCCUGGCGCUCGGAGAACCCUGCCACCGCUAGAUGGUUUACCACCAUCAUCAACCAGGCUCCCUUCAAGGCCGUUGCUGAGCCCACCCUCGUUGAGGAGGCUAUCAAGUACACUCCCCCCAAGAAGGAGGAGAAGCCCAAGGCUGCCCCCGCUGCCGCUGCUCCUGCCGCUGCUGAGGAUAAGCCCGAGGCUGAGAAGAAGCCCAAGCACCCUCUUGAGCUUCUUGGCAGACCUACCUUCGUCCUCGACGAGUGGAAGCGCCAGUACUCCAACGAGGACACCCGCCCCGUUGCUCUGCCCUGGUUCUGGGCCAACAACAAGCCCGAGGAGUUCUCUCUGUGGGCUGUUGACUACAAGUACCCCAAGGAGCUGAAGCUCACCUUCAUGGCCAACAACCUGAUCGGUGGUUUCCACGCCCGUCUUGAGGGUUCUCGCAAGUACCUCUUCGGUGCCCAGUCUGUCUACGGUACCAACUACGACUGCGUCAUCCGCGGUGUCUUCCUGGUCCGCGGCCAGGAGUUCGAGCCCGCUUUCAACGUCGCUCCCGACUGGGAGAGCUACGACUUCCGCAAGCUCGACCCCUCCAACCCCGAGGACAAGAAGCUUGUUGAUGACAUGUGGGCUUGGGAUGCCCCCGUCACUGUCGACGGCAAGGAGUACCCCCACGUUGACGGCCACGUCUUCAAAUAG